CGGGAUGGGGUAUUCUGGGCAAAAGGAAAGGGUCAAUGCCUUGCCGGAGCUUGGGUCCCGCUCUCGCGACGGUUGAGCUGCGCUUGAGGUAUAUCCUGGAUGCGCGAGACAACUUGAGUGGGUUCGUGGAGGCGAUCGCACUCAAGAAAAAGACAGGAAGAAGUGAAGCGGACUGGAUAGAAAACUUCUACUUGAGGCAUCCUUUCGUCAGGAGGUUUAUAGCGGACAAUGAGACAGAAUUUGUGAACCAAGAAGUACUGGGAAUGCUUAAGAGACUCUGCGUACCGAUCAAACUCAUCGAGCCGUAUCACCCGGAGACCAAUGCACCUGUGGAAAGAGGGCACCGAACCUUAAAGAACACGAUUGCGAAGCUCGCAGCGGACAAUCUGGAAAGCUGGCAUAGGUAUCUCAAGCAGACUGUCUUCUCAGAGCACAUGACACCUAAGAGGACAAUGGGAUGUAUUCCAGCAGAACUUUGGUACGGAAGAGAGAUCGACUUUUUCGUCGAAGCCUUAAUACCUACCUGGAACAGGUUAGAUGAUGAUCCGCGAAUGACCACGGAAGAGUUAAUUGAGGCGAGGUGUCAACAAGUCCUUAAGAACGAAGAGGUGAUGGAAGACAUCGCCAACCGAGUACUAGACAGCAGAAUGAGGGACAAAGCAAGGUGGGACCAGGUCGUAGAGAAGCUGAGGGAAGCUAACUUCAAGAUCAACGCGAAGAAGUGCGAGUGGGAAAAGACACAAGUUUUGUACUCGGGCCACGUCUUAGAUGGAAAUGGCAUAAGACCUGAGGACAGUAAGACAACGGCGAUUAGAGAUUGGUCAACGCCCCGCACCUUGAUAGAAUUGCGGUCGUUCCUUGGCCUAGCAAAUUACUAUAGGAAGUUCGUAAGAAGUUUUUCUACCAUCACUGCACCUCUUCGCAGGUUGUUGAAGAAAGAAGCAAUCUGGAAGUGGGAUAGAGACUGUACGUCGGCCCUGAAGAAGCUGAAGCGGGCCUUGAUAGAGUACCUAGUCUUCAAGGUAGCCGAUCUGUCCUUGCCUUUUGUUGUCACCACUGACGCAAGUCAGUAUGGGAUAGGUGUUGUUUUACAACAAGAUGAUGGCAAUGGGUAUAGAGCCGUAGAGUUUAUGUCUGCUAGGAUGCCUUCAGAGAAGGUAGCGACAUCAACCUAUGAGAGGGAACUCUACGCUCUCAGGCAAAUACUAGAUCAUUGGAAGCACUACUUGCUUCGGAGACACUUCAAAGUGUAUUCAGACCAUGAGACGCUGAGGUGGUUAAAGCCGCAGGCCAAGAUGACACCUAAGUUUACUAGGUGGGCCAUAGAGAUAGACCAGUUCGACUUUGAGCUCAAGCCAAUCAAAGGAAAGUACAAUGUAGUUGCGGAUGCUCUGAGUAGGAGAGCUGAUUACUUCGGAGCAAUGGUUCACUACUUAGACAUAGGGAGAGACCUAUAACAAAAAGUCAAGGAAGCUUAAACGCAGGACCCUGUCUUUAGUGAUUUUCUCAAGAGAGUUAGAGAGUCUCCAAAGUCUGAACCAGACUACCGCACUACAAAUGGGUUGCUAUUUGAGAAGACUAGUGUAGCCGACCGACUAUGCGUUCCCAACAAUGAAGAGAUCCGUAGUUUGAUCUUAGGGGAAUGCCACGACACAGAGGGACACUUUGGUUGACAAAAGACAUUAGCCAACCUCAUUCGCACGUAUAUGUGGCCUGGCAUGAAGGCCGACUGCAUAGAGUAUGUACGCAGUUGUAAGGUGUGCCUACGGAAUAAGGCCACUACGCGAGCCCCUCUUGGUCUUCUCAGAGCCUUGCCUAUUCCCGACGGACACGGAGACUCUGUGUUCAUUGACUUCAUGGAUGUUGGGGUCAGGAGUAGGCAUAGCAAGAGCCAAUUCAUGGUUAUAGUUGACAGAUUUAGCAAGUAUGCAGUUUUUGUUCCCUUGCCUUCAGAGGCACAUACAAACUUAGUGAUAGAAAAGUUUUUUGAUCAUUGGGUUAGUGAACACGGCAUACUGUUGUUCAUAGUUAGUGACAUGGAUACCAGGUUCACUAGUCAGAACUGGCAGGAGUUGAUGAGAGUCUAUGGCUCUAGAUUGUUGAUGUCGUCUGACCGCCAUCCAGAGACUAACGAACAGACUGAACAGAUGAACAAAAUUCUGCAGCAAGU